AUGGGAGAACCUGGCCCCGAAUCUGGCCUUUGGCUGACCAAAGGUGGCUUGGAGGCAUGGUGGCUCAUGGAGUGCAACAUUGAGCUCGCGAAGCAAGGCUUCUUCAAGCAGAUCCAGAACGGCUUAGACUGCGAGCUGGCAGAAGCAAAGUAUCUCGACUUCGAUGUAGCCAAGCGAAUGGAUGGUGGCUUCCCAGGAGACAAUGUGAAGCGGUCCAUCAAGGAGUUCAACAUGCUGCUCGGAAUGACGAUGGGCAUCCAGCGCCACCUCUACAUGUUCCAUGUUGGCAACAGCAAGUUUGCUCCCGAGAGGGCCAUGAGUGAAACCAAAGUUGCUAUUCAGCAAGUCCUUGAUACCCUCGGUAGCCACUGGAGGCGGGCUUUAGCAAACAACUUGCAGAGAGACCAGGGCCUCGAGCUCCUCGAGAGGCUUGCAGGAAUCCAGGAGCACGUCGCAGGCGAAGGCUGUUCUUUCCAUUACCUACCAGCUAGCCGAAAGGCCAAACGCUGCCGAGCGACGCCCAACGGCUCUUGA